AUGUCUGCUCCCAAUCGUCGCUCCAACUCACGCACUCGCUCCCCUCAGUUACCUACUCUUACUACCUUGGGGGAGGUACCUUCCCCUGAUCUUGACUCUGAUGGGGAGGUCAAACAGAACCAGUUGGCCUUCACUAUCGAGUUUCCGUCUCGUCCACAACUUCAGUUGUUCGAGAUGGUUUUUAAUACUGGCAAGCCGCUAUCGGGUUACUGUCAAGACAAUCCUUUGUGGCCUCUUUUGGCAGAGAUAGCUUCCCCUUGCUCUAACUGUUCCAAAUCCCCGGCUAAAUGCAAGGUUCUGCCGAACUCCCCUCGAUGUACGAAUUGCUCCGCAAAAAAGAAAUGUAGUUUGGGAAAGAUCCUUUGUUAUCGGUACUUCGCUCGUCGCUGCAACCAGGAUCUCGCCUAUAGUCGUAGGUUUUUGGAUCUCCAUGGGACUCCUGCACACCAAUCGACGUGGGGUAUUCCUGUAAGUACAUGGCGUCAAUAUGACACUGCCCUUCAUGAGUGUACUUCGUUGACCUCCACCCUCCUCGAGUUGAACAUGCUUGACGAUUGUCAAGUCCAUGCCUUGGGCCUCCACUCCGCUGCUCGGUACUCCGAAGAUCUACCUUUAUUGUAA